AUGAAGAUCCGGCCCGCGACACCAGAAGACGUGCCCGCAGUCGCACGCAUUGUCUUGACUGCUCUGCGUGACGAAGCACCUUGGAAGGCGUUCUUCCCGCGAAUGGCCGAAACGGACCCCGAGUAUGUCGAAUACUGCGAGGCAAUCCUUCAAAGCUAUUUUGCACCCGCCAAUAAAAAUUCCUGGCUCUUCUUGGUCGUCGAAAUCUCCGCAGCCGAGGCCAGGCUAAAUCCUGGGCCGAUGAUCGUUGCUGCUGCCGUGUGGGACAUCUCCACCAGUCUUGGCCACGGCCAAGGCCACAAGGGGCGGCAGAGCAACACCGCUGCACCUAUGGACUUGAAGCAAAAUCACGGGCCCGUUUUCUCCCAGGACAACAUACCAGCUAAGCCCGUGGCCCUCAGCCAAGCCGUCAGCGACGGGAGAAGGAGACACUUCUCCAACCAUGUUCCCUACAUUUUCCUCCAUAUAUUGGCCACAAGACCUGAUUACCAAAGGCAGGGCUACGGGAAAGCCCUUUGCAACUCUGGAAUAAAUCUGGCCAAACAAAAGCAUGCUUCGGUUUGUGUUCAAACCGCGCCUCGAGGUUACGUCCUCUUCUCAGGGCUCGGUUUCGCCGACCAAGGACCCAUAGCACUUCCCGCAGAGCCAGAUGCUGAUGGCGCCCUUGUCAAGGCCAUGGUCCUAGAUUCACAUCUGAUACAGCGCCGUUCAUCAAUUCUUUACUCCCUAAUGCGCUAUAUUACGGGCUGA